CUAAAAGGGCUAACGAAAACUGCUAAAUAUUUUUUACACCUUGUAGAAAAGCUUUUAUUUAAUAUAGUGAAAAUGAAAGGCGGUUUCAUCAAACCUUCUAGCAUGGGCAAGUAGCCUAAAAAAACAGUUAUUUUGAAAGACAACGACUUGAAAAGUUUUGAUAAAGAAUAUAAAAAAGAUGAUGUUUUAAAUAAAGAAUACAUGAAAAUGCAAUAGUUUAUGCUUGUGAGUGGAUAGCCUUAACUAAAUAUAAUGGAAUCGAAAAUAAAAGAUCUUGAUGAGAAGAUGAAUGGGAAUAGAAAUUAAAUGUCUCUAGAUGAUGAGUUAGAAUUGAGAAAGAUUAUGAUGAAGCAAACUAAAUUUGAAAAGAUGAUGAGCAACUAUUAUGAAAAUUACUUAAGUUAUUCUAUACCUAAAGAUCCUGAGUAAAGUGUACAUAAGAGACUUUAAAAUGUUUCAAACAACAAUUAAAUUGAGAUUUAAAAUAUCAUUAACCUUCAUAAUAAAUUGUAGCAAUCAACAUUAUAAGACCCAUUAAUAAAUUAAAAAGAGUUUAAAUUCCCUCAAACAACACGGGUUUUUGAAGAGAAAAAAAAAUUGGAUGAAGAUUUAUUGCUAAUGAAUUAGAGUCAAUAAAUUUUAGAUGGUAUCAAAUCGCCUGAAAGCAAGAAUUAAACGAGAACUUAAAGAGUCAAUAGCUAAGGAAUAUAGAUUUAAGAUGAUGGUUACGAGGAUGAAGAUGAUGAUGAUUCAAGUUAAAAUUCUAAUGAGGUUAACUCUAAAAAUGAUCUGGAUAAUUUGACUGAAAAAAGUUUAAAAAGUUCAAAGAGCCGUAGAAGUGUCAGAAGCAACUUCGAUAGGACAUCUAGGUAUUCUACAACCUCAAGAAUUUCAAAAGGAAAAGGCUAAUUUACAAACGAAUGGGAAUAUAACAGUUUAAACGAAUAUGACAUAGAAGAUAUUCCAAAGCUUAUAGAAGAAGAAAAAGUUGAAUUUUAUGUUAUGCCUCAAGAGGUUACAUAAGUAAAAGCCCAGCAAGAAUAGAAAGAGCAAGAUAAUACCUAAAAAUAAACAGAUUAAGAUGGAAAAAGCAAUAAAGACAAAGAUAAAUAAAAGGAGAAAGAAAAAGAUAAACAAAAUGAGAAGAGUUAAAAGGAAGAAAAUAAAAUCUGGAAAAAAAGCAAAAAGAAAAUAUUGUUUAUCUAGCAAGAAUUAUCUAAUGAUGAGUUUUUAAAGUUAAAUAUUCAUGAAAUGUUGUCAUAUGUCUAAUAAGUAGAUUACAUUUAAAAAUUUAGCUUUGCUUAUGGCUAAGCUGGAACUAUUCAUCCUGAAAAUCAAAUUUAAUACCACAGAGAUCUAACAACGUAAGCAAGGGAUAUGUUAACGAUUGAUCCUGAAGUCAGAGGAAAUUAUUUUGAAUAAGAUAGAGCAGGUCUGUUAGAAAUAGAGGAUAUUUACAUAGACAUGAAUAAAAUAACUUUCGAAGAUGUAACGAACAUCAUUAGUGAUAGAGUAUCUGAUUAUUUCAUUAAAAACUGCAUAGAUCCUAAAUAUUUAGCUGAAAAUUAUGAAAAAUUUUCUUAUAUUCCUGAAAAAAAUAAUAACGUUUUAGAUAAGAUGCAGUAUACUUAGUCGCUUUAGGACAUAAAGAAAUCUUAGUACUUAGAAAUGAAAAGCUAUUAUUAAAAGAUGAAAACAUGGGACAAUAAAGAUAUGCAAAUAAGUUAUAAAGAUAUUAUCAAAGAAACUAAGACUGUCACUGAUUGGGUUCUGGAGGAUUUAUUUCAUAUAAGAAAGGCCACAAUGAAUUCUUAUGACCUUGAUUUUGAUCCAAAAGUGAACUAGAUUUUCUAAACUUAGUUUUAUCACAAGUUUGAAUAGAAAUUGCUCAUUUUGCUGCAAAUUAUUCUUUACAGAUAAAAUAUACCUUCGUUCAAAGUUCCUAAAGAUUUAUUUGGUAAACCUACAAUGACUGAAGAGUAAUAAAAAGCUGAGAGAAUUAAAAUAGAAAAGUAAAGGGCUGAAUAAGAGAAAAAAUUUUUCAAAUUAUUUACUCCAGAGGAGAAGCUCGUUUAGGAUUUAAAGGAUCUUCUUAAAAAUGUAGGAAAAAUUUCAAAUGAGUUUGUGGAUGGCAGAUCAAAAGUGGAGUUAUUAAGAAUAUUCUUGGUAGAUUACAACGAAAUUGUUAAAUUUAAAACUGAGCAACUCAACAGAGUUAAGAAAAUAGAAGAAUAGAUUACUUAAAUUAACUCUGAAUUCUCUUAGAUUGAAGGUAAAACUUUGUAUGAGAGAUUAUUUGAAGCUAAAAUAGGGCACCUAAAGGACUAGGAAAAUGAAGAAGUAACUGAUGCUUAAAUUCUAGACUAGCUGAGCUAAAAAAGGGAGCAACUAUUGAAAGAGAGAGAGGCUAUUUUACUUAACUCAGCUUAAUUAUUUUCCGUUAAAUAGGAGAGUGAAGAAACUUAAAAUAAUCUAAACAAUUAAUCGUAAUCAGACUAAAAAAGUAAAUCUCCUUCACCUACACCGAGGGAUAAUUAAUAGGUAUUAAAUAAAAAUGGUGAUAACGUGCUUGUUUCAAGAGCAAGAAAUUUAAAAAAUGUAGCCAGAGCCUUCAAUUUGCCUGUGAAUUAAGCAGAUAAAAAAUUAGAAAAAAACUUUGAUUUAGAGUAAAGUUAGGAGUAAAAUUAAGAUCUUUUGAUUCCUCUUUAUAAAGCAGAUUCAUAGUAUUAGGCUGUCGCAUCAUCAUAAACACCUUAAAAAGGAUCUAUGAGUAAUAAAAGAAAUACCUCAACUACACCUAAUCGUAAUUUAAAAAAUAGCUAAUUUACUCCUAUAUCUACUACCAAAAGUAGGAAUAUGGAAGAUUCUCGAAGUGAGUAAUUUAGUAGAAAUUAAAAUAACAAAUAUUCUCAAAAGAGUUUAUUCAGUCAAUAUAAUCCUCAGAAAGAAACUUAUGAUAGAACAGACUCUAGAUUGAGCAACAGAUAAAUAUUAAAUGACACAUCAAUGCAAGAUGAUGAAUAUAGAGAUUAAUUAGGAAUGUAAUAUAGAAGAACUCCUGAAAAUUUCCAUAGAUAAACUAAACACAGUAAUACAUAUGCUGAGUAAGAAAGCAAUGAUUAUAACUAAGUAAAACAGAUAAAAUUAUUCAAAAAUGCAAGAACCAAGGAGUAUGAGUAGUCAAAUUUAGUUCUGAACAAGUCUCGUACAAUUUCAUAAAAUGGUUUAUUUUUUGACGGUAAUUCCAAUGAAACAAGUAAAAGUCCUUUUACAUCAACCUCUAAGUUGUUAAAAUAAUCUUAUUCUUAACAGUUUAGUGACUAAGACUUUACUUAAACUAAACUUGAAAGGUAAAAGAGAAUUUAAUAAAAUAAUUCUUCCAAUAGAUCAGUCAGUCCUUUUGCAAUUAAUUAAACAUAAUAUCCUGGUUCCAAAAUUCCAAAUACUAUUGAUUCAUUUUUAAACGAAGACACCAGUUUAAAAAUUAUUCAAAAAAACUUGAAUACAAUUCUAAAGGAAAAUUUAGUUUUAAAUUAGAACUAAAACCAUAAAAGACAUGAGCAUUCAAGCAAUUCUAAAAUGUCAAACUAAAAAACUUUGAAAUCAAGCCGCUCAUAAUUACUUUUCUAAGAUUAAUCAAAUUAUCAACCAAAUAGUUCUUCUAAGAGUCCCAUAAGGGAGGUAUAAAGUAGCCUUGAAAUGAUUACAAACAAAAACUGGAAAUAAGUAUUCAAGACUGCUUCUUGUCGUAAAAAUAAAAACACCUCUAAAGAUAAAAAAUAUUGA